CGGGCUGUCGGAGCUUGCACCUUACUUUUAGAUGCAGAGCUCUGGGAAAUCAUGCUGGGAAAGUACGAAAACAUCUGGGAUGCUGUGAAGUCUUUUGUCGCUGGUUUCUGGAUUACUAUCAGUGUCUGUUCUGUUUGUGUUCACGGCCAGGAGGGUAAUGGCUGUGGACACACAGUGCUGGGCACAGAGUCUGGCACGCUGGCCUCUCAGAACUACCCAGGCACAUACCCCAGUAACACCUGGUGUAUGUGGAGGCUCCGUGUGCCAGAGGGGCGAAUGCUGCGACUGCUGUUUGGGGAUUUUGACAUCGAGAACAGUCCGGGGUGCAGAAACGGCUCUCUUGUGAUCACAGACAAGAACAGAGGGGAACAGAUUCUGGGCCCAGUGUGCGGGAGGCUCGAUGCAUCGCAGAGGAAUGUGACACUUAGGAGCAAUGAAGUGAUGAUUACCUUCAGGUCAGGCCCACACCUCUCAGGACGAGGAUUUCUACUGUCGUAUGCCACAGACCAGUACCCAGAUCUCAUUUCUUGUUUACAACGAGGAUCUCAUUUUAGCUGGCAGCAUUUUAGCAUGUACUGCCCUGCUGGAUGUAAGGAUGUCACGGGAGAUGUUUGGGGGAACUCUGAGCAGGGUUACAGAGAUACCUCAGUCUUGUGCAAGGCUGCUGUCCAUGCUGGAGCUGUGGCUGAUAGUCUGGGAGGUCAUGUCACAGUGAAGCGUGAGAAAAGUCUCAGACUCUAUGAAUCCACCUUCGCCAACGGAAUCCUUUCAAUAAUGGGAUCAAUAUCUGAGAAGAAGCUGCUCUUUAGUCAAGAAUGCAAAAACAUCCUGAGUGUUUCUGGUUUGAAUGCCUCGUCUUUCCGUGAUAAGCAGAGCCAAGAGGGAACAACGUUCUGGUCCUCCAGAAACAUGGGUACCGGCCAUGAGGCCCUAACCUGGGUUGCAGACAGUAAUGAUCCAGACCCGUGGGUGGAGCUGGAGAUAAGUGAUCGAAGCACUAUCACAGGAAUAAUUACAAUAGGAUCAAACGAGUACUACAUCGAGUCCUUCAUUCUUCUCUUCAGCAAGGACAGAAAAAAUUGGAAGCUUUACAAAGGCGCCCUCAGCAAAGAAAAAAAGGUGUUUAAGGCCUACACUGAUGGCCACCUCAGGGUUCUCAACAGCCUCUUUCCUCCUGUGGUGGCUCGGUUUGUCCGUUUACAGCCGCUGAGCUGGCAUGGCCGAGCCUCGACUCAGGUCCAAGUCUUGGGCUGUCCUGUUGCCAAGGUCACCCCAAGGUCACGCUCAGGCAUUGAAUCUCCAUCCAUCAAAGUGAACAUGGAUACACCACGACCCAGCCCCACUCCUGCCACCACUAAGGGCCCAGUGUUAGUGGAGACGAGACUAAGCUCCAGUCAGCCCGUCAUCGUGGCAGUGGGAGUGGUCCUGGCCCUGAUAAUGUGCGGCAGCUGUUUGUUGGCUGGAGUCUGGUGGAAACGAAGGAAAAAAGAAUCACAAAUGAAGUACUCUCUCCCCACAAUAGGUUGUCAGAGUUUCCAGGCAAAGAGUCUCCCCUGCCCUCAGUCAGAGCUCAUCUCCUACCCUCUGGAAAGAAAUGUUCACGAUGCUCUACCAAGCCCUCCUCUUAACGACUAUGCUGAGCCCGCUGUCGGACAGAAAGUCGGGUCAACAUUUAGACCCUCCUCGGAUGAGGGCUACACCACCCCGUUCUCUUUCAGCCAUUAUGACACUCCUGGGAGCCUGCCAGAGUACGCAGAGCCUCUUCCCCCGGAGCCCGAAUACGCCACCCCGUUCAGCGAGCAGCCCUCUGAGUCACAUGGACCUCCUGUACCAGCACUCAGCGCUGGUACCAGGACGAUACCCAGCCGUUCCCAGUAUGACUGCCCCUCACACAGGAUGCUGUCGAAUGGCUACUGCACGCCCGCUCUACACACCAACGGCCCACGCCCAAUCAGUGUGGUCUACGCUGAGCCCAAGUCAUGUGACUCGUUACUACAGAAGCACACAUAUGAGGAGCCUUUGUAAGCAGCUUAGACAUAAAGAACAAGACUCUUAUGAGAUCAAAUGUGGCGGGACCAGAGGGUGAGCUCAACUGGACACAAAGCUGGACAGUGUUGUCCAAAGUGUGCUCAUGCUGACAGAGCUGCACUCCAGUGGUGAGCCAAAAGUCUACAAGUAACAGCGAACUACUUUGCAUAUAUAGUUCACUGAUCUGAGAGACAUAUGGAUGCAAAUAUUUCCUUUACACGUUGUACAACGGAAAUAUCCUGUGAUGCACUGAAAAAAACAAACAUGUUCAGUGGUGCCUCAGAGACAGUUUAUUAAUGAAAUGUUUUAUCACAAGCUGCACUUUCAGAAAACAUACACGUAUGUUUUGACCUACUUAACAGUUAAGUGAAAAAAGAAAACCUACUGAAUAUGUUACUUGUCCUCACAAAACAUUGUAUUUAUAAUGUAUAAUUUCAACAUAUUAAAACAAAACUUUUAUAAAGCACUAUAAAUGGUACAAAGUAA